AUGGCAGUCCCGUCGAGCAAGAGAAGAAAGCUCAGCCAUUCGCCGUCGCCCGUAGAAGAUGACGACGUUUUUAUCGCCUCCGGUAGCCAGGUCGACAACAUCGAGGAAGACGACAUGAGCCGGGACGACGACGUGGAAGACGCAGACAUUGGCGCAGACGAUAUGGACGAAGACGAUGGUGAACAGAGCGAAGAAGAGGAGGUGCAAGAGAAGGCCAAAGAGACCAAGGACAACAAGAAGCCCAAGAGCAACAAGUCGCAGGCUGCGUCGUUCGAGGCAAGCAGCGCCGCAUACACUGGAGGCACUUUCAAGAGCAACAUGUUCAAGCUGCAGGUCGACCAGAUGCUUUCCAACAUUCGUCCGAGACAAGGAAAGAGAGAGGCCACCGCUGCCGACGCUCUGCACAAGAUCAAGAAGCAGAUCGACGCUAUCCCCAACAGAGACGCCCUUCCUCUGCUCCAGGCUGAGCGUGACAUGAUCAAGAAGUCAAAGGUCGCCAUUCCGUUCCCUGAGCCUCGCCCUGCCCACGAUGUCAAGUACAAGUUGGCCUACGAGAAGCCUCAGAACAUCAACGUUGUUGGCAGUUUCCCUCUCAAGCUGUCCCUGCGCGACCGCCAGGCUCCUCUUUCCAUCGAUAUGGUCGUCACCAUGCCCAAGUCGCUGUUCCAGGAGAAGGAUUAUCUCAAUCACCGUUACUUUUACAAGCGUGCUUUCUACCUCGCCUGCAUCGCUGCUGGUCUCCAGUCAUCCCUCAAGGGCUUUUCCUUCCAAUUCGUCAACUUCCGCAACAANCCCCUACACCCCGUCCUGCUCGUCCAACCCAAGGAGUCGAGCUCUGAGAACAAUUGGCGCAUCAACAUCAUCCCCGGUCUUCCCGAGGGCACCUUUGCCAAUAACAAGCUCUUGCCAAACAAGAACUGCGUACGUCCUGCUCAGUCGGGCGACGAUGAGCAGACUCAGGAUUUGCCCGCUACCCCCUUCUACAAUGCUGCCAUCCAAGCCGACAGUCACAUCACCUCAUACUUGAAGUUGCUACAUGCUUCUUCUACCUCUUGCGAAGGAUACACGGAUGCUUGUAUGCUUGGUCGUGUCUGGCUGAGACAGCGUGGUCUUGCUUCCGAGACCAACAAGGGUGGGUUUGGCAAUUUUGAAUGGGCAGCCACAAUGGCAAACCUGCUUAGAACUGGCGCUGGCUCGGGUAAGCCUGUCUUGUCGAGUGGUUACAGCAGCUACCAGCUCUUCAAGGCCACUCUCCAGUACAUUGCUGUCAAGGAUCUCGCCAAGGAACCUGCUCUGCUCGAUGCUACUGGCCUUGCCCUGACCUCCGAGGACGGUCAGCCAGUUCUCUACGAUAAUCCUCGUGGACAGAACAUACUCUACAAGAUGACCUCUUGGUCUUACCAACACCUCCGUGCCGAGGCACGCACUACCCUCAAGAUGCUGGGUGACAACCUCUUCGACCAGUUUGACUCUGCUUUCAUCCUCCGCUCUGACAACAUCCUCAAGAGAUACGAUCUGGCUGUCCGUGUACCUUGCUCUGCCAUCACUUCUGACGCUUCCGAAGAUCGACAAGUCCUGCAGAGAUACGCAAAGAUGUACACAGUCUUCAGUCAAGGUCUGGGCGAUCGCGCGACUCAAGUCGUCAUUCAGUCUCCCGAUCACGAGUCGUGGGGACUCGGUUCUGCCAGACCUAACAUGGAGCGCAAGGGUGAGCUACUGGUUGCUGUCAAUCUUGACUCUGCCAACGCUUCUCGUGCUGUUGAUCACGGACCUGCGGCAGAACAAAAGAAGGAGGCUGCUGCCUUCCGCAAGUUCUGGGGUGAAAAGGCCGAGCUGCGCAGAUUCAGAGAUGGAAGCAUUCUGGAGAGUUUGGUCUGGGCAACCAACGGUGGAAUGUCAAUCAUCCAGCAGAUCCUGACAUUCUUGCUUUACCGCAACUUUGGUCAAGAUGCGGCCGCAAGUGCUGCUUUCUCUGGUGACGAGUGUGCUAAACUCAUCAAGCAGAGCAACGGUCUCGCAGCGUUCCAGCCUCUGAUGGAAGCUUUCAAGACACUGGAAAGCGACAUUCGUGGCAUGGAUGAUCUGCCUCUCACUAUCCGCUCAAUCUUGGCUGCCGACUCACAACUCCGUUACUCUUCUAUUGAACCUCCCAUGUCAUCUCAACAACAGAUGAAGCGCCCUGCUGAUGUCGUACUGCAAUUCGAAGGAUCCGGUCGUUGGCCAGACGAUCUGGUCGCGAUUCAGCGUACCAAGAUUGCCUUCUUGCUCAAGAUUGGUGAACUCUUCGAGUCGACACAGGAAGGUGUCACCUCGCGCAUUGGCUUGGAGAACGAAGGCGAGGACAACCUGAACCAGGCUCUCCUCGAUGUAAUCUACCCUACUGGCUUCUCUUUCCGCAUCCGCAUCCAUCACGAUAGAGAGCAGACUCUAGUAGAGCGAAUUCUCAAGUCGCAAUCUGCCGCGCCUAGCGAAAAGGAAGCCGCAGCUGUUGCUCUCGCCACCUACAAGCGUGUCUUUGUCAAGUCGCCAGCGCAUACUCAAGCCCUACAGAAGCUCUGCACCAGAUAUCCUGUUCUCUCACCAACUGUUCGACUGUUGAAGAAGUGGUUCUCUGAGCACCUGCUGAGCAACCACUUCUCUGAAGAAGUCAUCGAACUGUUUGCCAUCCACACAUUCACCCGCCCAUGGCCUUACAACACACCAUCAUCUACACAAGCUGCCUUCUUGCGCACUCUUUCGUUCCUCUCACGCUUCGACUGGCGCGCUGAUUCCUUGAUCGUAGAUCUCGGUGGUGAUCUUGACGCCGACAACGUCGCAGCAGCAACAACGCGCUUUGAAGCCUGGCGCAAGUUGGACCCAGCACUCAACCGCGUCGUGCUCUUCGUUGCCUGCAGCAACGACCUCGAAGGAACAACAUGGACAGAUGGCACACCAGCGAAGGUCGUCUGCGGCCGCGUGACCGCACUAGCCAAGGCUGCAACAGCAGAAGUCGAGGCCAAGUCACUAUCGAUUGACAUUGAAACCCUCUUUGUUUCACCUCUUGCUGACUAUGACUUUGUCAUUCACCUCAAUCCUGCUUACACCACCACAAAGUCCAAGGCAGCAAGCGGCAAAUACAAGAACCUUGCUAUUGCUGAAGAGACAAAUGCAGAGUUGGUCGACUAUGCACCCACAGAUGCAUUCUUCCACGAACUGCAAAAUGUAUACGGCCAGUCGUUGGCGCUCUUCUAUGGUGGAGCUGGCAGCACUACCAUUGCUGGCCUAUGGAGUCCUGUCACUGCAGCCAGAGCUUGGAAGGUCAAUCUCGCGUACUCGACUGUGCCUGUCAAGAAGGGUGAGGAAGUCCUCGCCGAGAUCAACAAGACUGCUGUUCUUGCCGAGAUGGCAAGGCUGGGUGGGGAGUUGGUCAAGAAGAUUGAGGCCAACAGGUAA